CAUCAAUAUACCAACUAAGCUUUUAACACUCCGAGUCUCUGACUCAGCGAGAUACUUUUCACUUUUGAUUGCUUCACCGAGAAGGGAGCUUCUGCAAUCUGCACUCGCCGCGACCAUUUUCCGAUGGAUCUAACGACGACGCGGCAGAGGCGCCCACUCCUAACCGGCUCUUCUUCAUCUUCACCAAAGCCAUACUCGAAGACUGAUAAACCCGGCCGAUCUGACGGCGGAGACGCGGAGGAUCGCGGCCUCGGGUGGUUCUUGCCGUUUAUAGCGCUAUGCUAUCUCCGUUACAUGAGCGCGACUUCUAACAUCGUUCACGACUGCGACGAAGUAUUCAACUACUGGGAGCCUCUCCAUUACCUUCUCUACAAGUCAGGAUUUCAAACCUGGGAAUACAGUUCCAACUUUGCUCUUCGCUCCUACUUAUACAUUCUCUUCCAUGAAUUGGCUGGGCGGCCUGCUGCUUGGUGGUUUGGUGAUGACAAGGUUAGAGUUUUCUAUGCGGUGAGACUUUUUCUCGGGCUGGUUUCUGCAGUGUCAGACACUGUCCUGGUUGUUGCGAUCUCCAGAAAGUACGGGAAGCGUCUCGGGACGUAUGCAGUUGCUAUGCUCUGCUUAACUAGUGGCUGCUUCUUUGCUAGCACCAGUUUCCUCCCCAGUUCGUUCUCUAUGUAUGCCAUGAGUCUCUCUUCUGGUUUGUUGCUUUUCGAGAAGUAUGCCAUGGCUGUUGCAGUUUCAGUUGUUGGUGUGAUUCUUGGCUGGCCGUUUUCUAUCCUGGCCUUUUUACCUGUUGUUAUUUACUCUCUGGCUAAGAGAUUCAAGCAAGCGUUUAUCUCUGGCGCUGUCACCUCUAUUUUCGUCCUUGGACUCUCAGUACUUGUGGAUUACUAUUACUACAAGAGAUGGACAUCUUCGGUUUUGAAUCUCUUGGUGUACAAUGUCUUAGGGGGUGGAGAAAGCCAUCUCUAUGGAACUGAAGGACCGUUGUUUUAUAUAAGAAAUGGUUUUAACAACUUCAACUUGUGUUUCGUUUUGGCAAUCUUGUUCAUCGCACUAUAUCCUGUUAUCAGAAGAAAGUAUGACCGUUGCUUGCUUGUUGUGAUUUCGCCAAUGUAUGUUUGGCUGGCGUUCAUGUCACUUCAGCCCCACAAAGAAGAAAGGUUCCUUUAUCCAAUAUACCCUCUUAUAUGUGUUUCUGCUUCUGCUGUUAUUGAAAACAUCCCUGAGCUGUUCCGAGAAAAGUAUAGCACACGCGAAAAUCUUCUGGUGACAAUAACCAAAUACCUCCGACCUGUGAUCCUUGGUAUUAUCUUAUGUGCUUCACAUGCUCGCACAUUUUCUAUAAUUAAUGGCUAUUCCGCUCCCUUAGAGGUCUACAAGCUGCUGGAGCACCACGAUGAUGCUGGACCAGGUUCGGUUCUGUGUGUGGGAAGCGAAUGGCAUCGAUACCCAUCAUCGUUUUUCGUGCCUGACUACAUUAGCGAAGUACGUUGGAUCGAUGAUGGGUUCCGGGGUCUUCUUCCAUUCCCAUUUAACAAUACACUUGGAGGCACCGCAGCAUCACCUCCAUACUUCAACAACAAGAACCAAGCAUCUGAUGAACAAUUUUUAAAGAACAUCGAAAGUUGCACAUUCCUCAUUGAGUUGCAGCUAAGCAGACCGUAUCCGUAUCGAGGCAGCGACUUAUCAACAUGGGAGGCGAUUGCUGUGCUACCAUAUCUGGACAGAGAGCUAUCGCCAGCAAAGUAUAGAUCGUUCUUCAUCCCAUACAAGUGGCAAGAGAAAAACGUGUUCGGCAAAUACGUAAUACUAAGAAGAGUACCAAAAUGAUAUCGUCUUUUGAAAAACUUUGUAGACGGAUGACUUUAAACUCAGUUGAUUGGCCAGUUUUGAGCCGAAUGUAAUAUAGCUAGUAACUGAUCUGUAUUGUCUUUGUAGAAGGAAGAAGAUCAUGUUGUUGAGGUUGACACUAAUGAAUUAUGAUUCUUCCGUGCAACGUUUGAUUCUU